AUGCAAAAGUUUAAUAAUCACUUUGUAAAGAAUUUCGAUGCUGCUAACUGGGCAAUAAUUCUGGAUGAAAUGGCAUUUGUAAAUCGGGAAUUGUUCGAGAUUUUGAUGUCAACUGCUGUUGCAGAGAGACGAGCACUUCAGAUAGAAACAGCCGAAGAAGAGAAGUAUAGAAUUAUAGCAGAAAAACUUGUAUUGAAACGGAUCGAAUUGCGCCAAGAAUUGUAUUUUCAAAUGAAUAGUUAUGAAUCAUUAAGAAAACAAAUCCAUCAAACUGAAACCGAUCUGACAAAUCUUCAAAAAGUUAUUGAUGUAUAUGAUGCCGAAUAUUGGCAAUUAGAUGAUGCGAGACAUUAUUUACAAUCACAACUUUUCCAACUGCAAGAACUUCUUCGUCGUUCUCAGCGUUAUUGCUGUUUCAAUUCAUCUAGCAAAUCAUCCUUGCCACUUAGUGAUAGUGGUGAUAAGAAUAAGAAUAUAGAAUGCGAAAGUGAUAAGUGCUUAACGAUGGGAAGAAAAUAUAAUGCAAUGAUUCCGUGCUGUGACAUAUCAAAGAAGAAGAAUUAUGAUAUCACAAAUGCCAAGGGUAAAGGUCAGAUGGUAACGAAAACAAUGCUAAAGAUAAAUCCGUUUGUAUCGGAUGUUGUUCAUGAAGGGAUAAAAUCAAUGAAAAAUGUGGUCAAAGUUGCUACAAGAUCAAAAGUUGGCGAGAAAUCUGGUCAUGAACCUUUGCCAUCCCCGGAGAAAUCAUUACAAGCCGGAUCAACGACAAAAUUGAAACAGAUGGCAAAUGAGAAGUCAAUUUCAAGUGAAUCUGACUUUAUGUGGAACAAGAAGGAAGCUGAUUCAAACUCGAAUCAAUCAGUAUCACCGAGUUCACCAUUACCUUCGAAUGCAUCCUAUUUCCUCGUCAAACAACAUAAAUUACCAUUUGAUUUCAAAUUAAUGGAAAUCAAGGAACAAACCGAAUGUUCCGGGCCGGUCAGACCAACCGAAAUUGCUGCUUUGUCAUUGAGACAUGUAAAACCUCGAAGGUCACUGGUAGAUUCAAAACAGACAGAAAAAAACAAUGAAGAAAUUAAAAACGUAACAGUAGAUGAAAUCGCCACUGAUCACGAAAGUACCACUGAUCUUCAAAGCAGUAAAGAUAUCGAUUCAAGCAAAUCUAGCAGUGUUUCGAUAUCGGACGGUGAAACAACCGAUUUGAUGUCUGAAUCCAUUUCGUUUUCGGAUAUGUCAUCAAAAAAAUCGGAUUCCGUAUCAUCAGUUAAUAUUGAUAUCAAUGAACAGGAAAAGAAGGUAUUUUAA